UCUCAGCCAUUAACAGCCACAUUUUAUACAAGAGCAACCACAAAAAGAAGAUCACGUAACAUAGAAAUACAAAAGAAUUUACUUACAGCUUUAUCCAGGAUUGCAACAGCACAAGCUGAAGUUUCUAGAAGAAAAGGAUUGAAUAGACAGUAUCAUAGAUUCCACUGGCUCUCCGACACGGCAGUAAAAACGUCUGUUGUAAAUGACUGAAAAAAGGGAAAAGAUGGAUUUAAAGAAGGAAAAGGAAAAGAGCAAUUUCAACGAGAUUACGGAGGAUUUCGAUUACAUGCACCUGAAAGAGACUCUUCUCAGGGGAAUAUAUGCGUAUGGGUUUGAAAAACCUUCUGCAAUUCAACAGAGGGCGAUCAUUCCUUGCAUCCAAGGCCAUGACGUCAUUGCUCAGGCCCAGUCGGGCACUGGCAAGACAGCCACGUUUGCCAUCACUAUCCUUCAGCAGCUGGAGAUAGAGCAGAAAAAGACCCAGGCUCUGAUCUUGGCUCCAACCAGAGAGCUGGCUCAGCAGAUCCAGAAGGUGAUCCUGGCUUUCGGAGACUUCAUGGGUGCGAGCUGCCACGCCUGCAUUGGAGGGAUAAAUCUACACAGUGAGAUCCAAAAGUUCCAAGCUGAGGCUCCUCACAUAGUUGUUGGCACACCGGGACGUGUAUAUGACAUGCUCAAACGGGGACAUCUACUCCCAAAGUGGAUUAAGUUGUUCGUGUUGGAUGAAGCCGAUGAGAUGUUGAGCCGAGGAUUCAAAGACCAGAUCUACGAGAUCUUUCAGAAACUCAGCACAGACAUUCAAGUGGUUCUUCUUUCUGCCACCAUGCCAGACGAUGUGCUGGAGGUGACCAAGAUGUUCAUGCGGGAGCCAGUUCGCAUCCUGGUUAAACAAGAAGAACUGACCCUGGAGGGCAUCAAGCAGUUCUACAUCAAUGUGGAACGAGAGGAGUGGAAGCUGGACACCUUGUGUGAUCUGUACGAGACACUCACCAUUACCCAAGCGGUGAUCUUCCUGAACACGAGGAGAAAAGUCGACUGGUUGACAGAGAAGAUGCAUGCAAGAGACUUCACCGUCUCUGCUCUGCAUGGAGAUAUGGACCAGAAAGAACGCAACGUCAUAAUGAGGGAGUUUAGAUCUGGCUCCAGUAGAGUGUUGAUCACAACUGAUCUUCUGGCUCGUGGGAUUGAUGUCCAGCAGGUUUCCCUGGUCAUUAACUAUGACCUUCCUACAAACCGAGAGAACUACAUUCAUAGAAUUGGUCGCGGUGGCCGAUUCGGCAGAAAGGGAGUUGCUAUCAACUUUGUCACAGAGGAGGACAAGAGGAUUCUUCGAGAUAUUGAAACGUUUUACAACACAACAGUGGAGGAGAUGCCUAUGAAUGUAGCCGAUCUGAUUUGAGCUCUGUGUUUUUCACCUUUUUGAAAGAUGCAGUGAUGUAGUGGUUGUCGUUCCUAAAACUUCAAUCAAUUUAUUUGGUUAAUCUGAAAAUAUUUCCUAGGUGAAUUACUGCACAUGUACAUGAUGGCUCCAAUAUUUGAUCCCUUGUUUGUGGACCGUUGAGUUAGUAUGUCUGCAAAUAGCAUUAUUCUCACACGUUUCGUUUUUCAAUCUGUUGUAUGGACAGCCCUUCAAACCAUCACAUUUUAGACACAAACUCUACCACAGCAACUUGCCUUCUUGUGUGAAAUACUGAUGUCUCUGUACACAAAUACCACUUUUUCUUUACCUAACACUGCCAUUACAAGUAAUGCCCUCCUGGUUUAUUCAAAAUGAUUUCAUUGUUAAAGGAUGCUUUGUGAAAGCUGAAAAAUAAAAUAAUUAAUAAUUU